AUGGCUGCAAAGUCUCCUGAAGCUGUUGUUCCCUCAGAACCAUUGAAGUAUCAGACAUGGUUCUUGAAAGUUUCCAUCCACUGUGAAGGUUGCAGGAGGAAAGUCAAAAAGGUUUUACAGAGCAUUGAUGGUGUUUUUACCACAACGGUUGACCCGCAGCAGCAGAAAGUUACGGUCACCGGAAGCGUCGGCGUUGAGACACUGAUAAGGAAACUAGUGAAAGCGGGAAAACACGCCGAAAUUUGGCCUGAGAAUCUCGCCGUCGGGAAGGGAAAGAACUCCGGCAAAGACAAGCAGCAGUAUCAGGAGAAGAAGAAGAAGAAAAAAAACGAACAAGAAGAAGAAUCCGAAAGCUCGAAAAACCACUCAAGUACGACAAAUGCAGAACCUAACAGUACGACGACCAACUCUAGCAAAAAAAAGGUAAACCAAAAAAGUGCUGAGAAACGCAACGCCGAAAGCAAGAGCACUGGCGGCGGAGAAAAUGAGUCAGCGGAAGCGGAGAAGAAGGGUGUUCAAAGUGAAGGAGGUGGGAAGAAAAAGAAAAAGAAAGAGAAGGAGAGAGGUGAGAGUGAUGAUGGUGUUGGGAGUUCAGCAUGUAACGGUGGAGGUGCGCAUAGUGGAUCCCCUGGACAGGUGAAUCUGAGCCCUACACGUCAGCAACCAUACCUGUAUCCAGAAACUUACUGUUAUCCACCACUUGUGUAUCUGGCAACGCACAACAACAGGUUCUGUCCCAUGGGAACAAUGGGUGGUCCUUCUUACUAUGUUUCACCAUUGCCUUACAUCUCUGCAGGCAUCGACCACCACCACCCCUAUCGCCUUCAAUCCACGCCCUUCCUUCCCUUCGAGAUCUUCAGCGAUGAGAAUGCCAAUGGCUGUUCCGUCAUGUGA